GAACCAUGGCUUGGAAGCUGCUGCUUCUGCUGUGCCUCUUCUUGGGCUUGCGAGCUCGGUCCAGGAAGGUGGAAAAGGAUGAAUAUGAAGAUUUAUCAUCAAAUAAGAAGUGGGUUUUGGCACCAAAAUCCCAGGAUUCAGAUGUGACGCUUAUUCUCAACAAGCUGCUAAGAGAAUAUGAUAAAAAGUUGAGGCCAGAUAUUGGAAUAAAGCCAACCAUAAUUGAUGUUGACAUCUAUGUUAACAGCAUUGGGCCUGUGUCAUCCAUAAACAUGGAAUAUCAAAUUGAUAUAUUUUUUGCUCAGACCUGGACUGAUAGCCGCCUUCGAUUCAAUAGCACGAUGAAGAUCCUCACCCUGAAUAGCAACAUGGUGGGGUUGAUAUGGAUCCCAGAUACCAUCUUCCGAAAUUCUAAGACUGCAGAGGCCCAUUGGAUCACCACACCAAAUCAACUCCUUCGGAUCUGGAAUGAUGGGAAAAUCCUCUACACUUUAAGGCUCACCAUCAAUGCAGAGUGCCAGCUGCAAUUGCACAACUUCCCCAUGGAUGAGCACUCCUGCCCGUUGACUUUCUCCAGCUAUGGAUAUCCCAAGGAAGAAAUGAUUUAUAGAUGGAGGAAAAAUUCAGUUGAGGCAGCUGACCAGAAAUCAUGGCGCCUUUAUCAGUUUGACUUCACAGGCCUCAAAAACACCACAGAAACUCUGACCACCCCUUCAGGUGAUUAUUUUGUCAUGACUAUAUAUUUUGAACUAAGUAGAAGAAUGGGAUACUUCACUAUUCAGACAUACAUUCCCUGUAUACUGACUGUGGUACUUUCUUGGGUGUCAUUUUGGAUCAAAAAAGAUGCAACACCAGCAAGAACAGCAUUAGGCAUCACCACAGUGCUGACCAUGACCACUCUCAGCACCAUAGCAAGGAAGUCCUUGCCCCGAGUGUCCUACGUGACUGCCAUGGACCUCUUUGUGACCGUGUGCUUCUUGUUUGUCUUUGCUGCUCUGAUGGAGUAUGCCACUCUAAACUACUACUCAAGCUGUAGGAAACCUACCAUCACAAAGAAGAGAGCCUCCUUAAUGCAUCCAGAUUCCUCAAAAUGGAUUCACGAAAGAAUAAGCCUGCAAACCCCCUCCGUAUGUAUAACAUUACAGAACUACUCUCUCCUUGAUAUGAGGCCGCCCCCACCAGCAAUGAUGGCUUUGAAUAAUUCCAUGUACUGGCAGGAGCUUGAAGACACUUGUGUCUAUGAGUGCCUGGAUGGCAAAGACUGUCAGAGCUACUUCUGCUGCUAUGAAGAAUGUAAAUCAGGAUCCUGGAGAAAAGGGCGUAUUCACAUAGACAUCUUGGAGCUGGACUCAUAUUCUCGGAUCUUUUUUCCUACAUCUUUCCUGCUCUUUAACCUGGUCUAUUGGGUUGGCUAUCUAUAUCUCUGAAUGUGCCUCAUAGCAAUGAGUUCACACCCAUUACACUGCUCCACUUUUCCUCAUCUGCAGCCUGAAAUGACCACUGCAGCUACAGUGACUACAAGUGCCCAUUCGUGUUACCUUUGAACAUCACCAGAAGUAUUCAGCAAAAGUUUUUAUUAUGUAUUACACAUACGCACACUGAGUUUUAAAGACCUUCUUGUUAAUCCUUCCUGAAUCUGUAGCUUGGUGAUUUUUAGGAAUGAUUUUUGGAUAUUAGAUGCAGCUGUCUAUUACCAUAUAAAAUAAUCUAUAAAACAAGUAGGUAAACAUCUGAGAAGCUUUCCCCAUCAUAUGUCUUUCCUUCUGUUGUUCUCCCUGGUGCCCCAGGUGCCUGAUCACUGCAGUCCUAGACACCGGUGGAUUCAGCCUCCCGCUUGUUGUGCUUUGAACUCAAGAGAGACCUGCAGUGGGUUUUGACCUCAGUUUCCCUAUCUCUGUCCUCUUUUGCUCCACACCACUGCAGUUAGCCUUGAGCAAGGCUUGCAAUGGGUGUACAUGUAUACAAUCCAAGAUAUUUUCAAAGUUCUCAUCUUGCUGAAUCUAUUACUUCAGCAUCUUUGGUUGCUGAUUGUCUCUGAACAUUAAGCUCAACCCCAAACUCACUGCCAUAGAAUCAAUUCCAACUCAUCGUGACCCUACAGGACAGAGUAUUAAUCUUUAUGGAAGCAGAAAGCCUCCUCCUUCUUCCUGGAGCGGCAGGUACUGUAGAACUGCCGAUCUGAAAGAGCAGGUAGCAGUCAGCGACCCACAUUGUAGCCCAUUAUGCCACUGGGCUUCCUUUUCUCUGAAUCGGAGGCUGUUCUUUUAUUUCAAACUAUGGAAACCAGCAGAUUCCUGAGUUCAAUAACAUUACAUCUUAAAAGUUGUCUUUUACUAGAGCAAAUCUCAUCACAGAGUAUGUACCUAACAUAUGUUAUAUUAGCAUGUAUUCAAUAGUUAUCUUCAUUUUCCAGAGAAAUUUAUACAAUAUUUACAAGGUUUUGUCUUGAAAAUGUACUCUAAGGUGUAAAACAACUAUGUAUUGAUUUUGUAAAAAUUCUUAGUGAAUAUUGGUUUUUAAGUCAAAUUAACUUUAGAUGCAAA